AUUUCCGGAAUGUCGGCUGCUCCGCUCUGUUCAAUUCAAGUCAACAAGUGCAAAUAAACAUAAGAUUAUCAUUCGCGACCUCUGAAUAACAGGAAAAUGAAUAAAGCGAUCGUAACACCGAGAACUCUGAAGAAUACAGAGACAGGAAUUGAUAUCACUGUGCCAGAAUAUCGCUCCAUCACCAAACUUCUUUCAACUCAAGAAGAAUAUCAUGUCAUCAUCAUCACCAGCUUGCCGUACUUUAAAUCGCCAGACCAUAAGCCAGAGGAUGUGGUCCAGUUUAUGGUGCCCAAAUGGUACAAUGAUUUUGAAUCGUUACACAAGGCCAUGAGUGAUCGUUACCCAGCCACCAUCUUCCCUGAUUUGCCAAAGAAAGUACUCAUGGUCCGAGACAGCACUCCGCAGGGAAGGCGGGCUGCCUUUGAAAAACUGAUGCAGUUCAUUGCUUCAAGUCCCAAAGUUUGCUGCUCUCCUAUUCUACUGGAUUUCUUAGGUGUACCACAAUCUAAAAUAGAUGCUGUUGAGGGACAGGGAAAAGAAUCAGAUACUGGAGGACAUGGAGAUGGUGCACCCAAGGAUGAAAAGGGUGAUCUUAAAUCUCCCACAAAGUCAGUAAAAAGUCAGAGCUCAAGCCUUUUUGGUGAUGAAGAUUCUGAUGAUGAACUUUUUAAGACUGACAAAGGUGAUGUAGAUGAAACAGAUGGUGACCUCUUCUCUCCUAGUCCUCACCAUGCCCAACCGAGCAGCAGUGGUGAGUAAAACUGGUUACCAGUCAAACAUUUCCUUUCAUCUGAGAGAGUGAUGUAGUGUUAUGUGUAGAGCUGUUUGCAUGGUGUUUAUGCAUAGGUGUGAAUGAUUAUGCUGACUGGGUAAACUGAUUAAUACCACUGCAGCUGCAGGUAUAUUAUGUCCUUGAGCAAUUAACAUUUGUGUACACAAAUUUAUUUUAUGUCGGGUCUCUAUUUAUUCAUCAUUAUUCAACACUUGAAACAUCUGCUCACCUAGAUCUGCAAAAUAAAUAAUUUGAUGGAUUUUUCAUUUUAUUGUUGAAUUAUUUAGGUUAUUUAUUCAUUUAUGAAUUGCUUGCCAUACAGCUAUUGGUAACUGCACUUCUCCAUCAAUCAUGAUUGUUCAUUGUGUAAAAUAUUUUGCAAGCAGAAUAAGGUUUAUUACCCCAAUCUGAUAUGGACAUUUAUAUCAAAGGUAAUUGACCAUUCACUCCCCGUUACCUUUAAAAUCUACCUCCAAUGUAAAUGCAGGUGAAAUAAUACAAAAUACAAUUUCCUUAAUUCUCAACUCAGAAUAUUGGAAAUUGGAAAUUGGAAAUAUAUUGGAAAGGACAGGCAUUGAAGAAAUUGUACAAAGAUUAUCAUUGACUUUACCAAACUGUCAGUCAACCUAAUGAUGGUUAAGGUUGACUAACAGAUCAAUUUCUUAAUUUCUUAAAAAUUGCUGAUGUUUAUAAUCCGGGUGAUUAUUUAAAAUGAAAGUAAUUGUGAUACUUAUGAAAUGUAUUUGUACAUGUACAUGAUGAUGAAGACAUGAAUGCUAGACUGUAAUUGUGAUGAUCAUUGUGGCAAUUAAAAAUAAAGUUAUGCCGGUGGUUAUAGUAAUGAUCAUGAAGAUGUAGAAUGUGAUGAUUGAGAUGAUGAUGAUAAUGAUGGUAUAUAGUACUGAAGAUUAUUAUGAUAAUGGGGCAAUAGAAAUGAUAGUAUUGCUUGUUGUGCUGCACGACCUCUAUAUUUUGACUUUGUGUUAUGAUUAUGAGAAUGUAUACCCAUAUAUCAAAUCAUCAAAUGAAGGAUAUUCAUUCUGACUGAGAGAGCAAAUAUCUCUCAUUCAGUAUCAGCAAUCAGAAACUUUUUUGAUAACAUUUUACGAUUAGUUCAAUAACUAAUUCAAUAUUAAUUCAAUGACAUUGAAAUGAGAUGUAUUACAGUUAUGGCAAAUGGUGUCAGGAGUGGGAUUGGAACCUACCCUACAAACUUAAUGCAAAUACGAAGUCAAAGAAAGAAAUUGAAGAAACAGCCUCAAGGGCUUGUUAGGAUUGAGAAAUAUAAUAAAGAACCUUACCACAUGCUGAAUGUCAUCAAAGUGCUCAACGAUGCAUCUAAGAAAGAGCGCCAUCUUUGUGCUCACAACUUUUCCACAUUAUGACAAAAUCUACAUAAAGUUGUGGUGAGUACAAAUUGAUAGUUCUUUAUACAAGCUUAGCAGUUCUUUACCAUUGUUGUAUGAACUUUGACACAAGUCCCACUGCUAAUCAUUAUUUUAGAUAUAUUUAUGACUGGCCUUGGUUUAGACCAGUACACUAUAAGGCAGGUAAGACAGUCCCAAAGUUGAAAUGUUGUUCAGAUAAUUGAUUAGUAUAGAAAAUUAGUAGAUUUGAAAGUCAGCGUACAUUACAAUAUUUUGAUUCCACCGUUAGAUUGAGACUCAUUGUAUAGUACGAGACAGAAUACCUCUUGCAUUUUUUUUCAAAAUACUAAUAUUUCUUUCAAAAUUAUUGAACGAGAAAAGAUAUACAAUUUUAGCACUACUGUGAAAUUUUACUAAAGGACAAGUCCACCCCAACAAAAAUUGAUUUGAAUAAAAAGAGAAGAAUUCAACAAGCUUAACAUUGAAAAUUUCUUCAAAAUCGGAUGUAAAAGAAGAUAGUUAUGACAUUUUAAAGUUUCGUUUAAUUUCACAAAACAGUUAUAUGCACAUCCUGGUCGGUAUGCGAAUGAGGGAACUGAUGACAUCACUCACUCACUAUUUCUUUUGUAUUUUAUUAUAUGAAAUAUUAUAAUUUUCUCUUCAUUGUCCUGUGAAACAAAGUUUUAUUUCACCCUGAACUUGUUGAAUUACCAUUGCUUAACAUUUUAUGGUUCAGUCAAGUUGGUCCUUAUUGUCAAUUCUGCAAAAAUUGAAAUAAUGUAUAAUUUGAACAAUAAAAAAACAAAAGAAAUAGAGAUUGAGAGACAUCAUUGAUUCUCUCGUUUGCAUGUGACUUAAUUGUGCACAUAACUAUUUUGUGAAAAAUAAGUGAAACUUUAAAAUGUCAUAACUUUCUUAUUUCAUAUUCGAUUUUGAUGAAAUUUUCAGCAUUAUGCUUGUCUGAUUUUUCUCUAUAGAUUCAAAUCAACAUUUUCAUGAGGGGUGAGUUAUGCAACUGCUGGAUAAGUUCAACUAUCUUUUAGAUGAAAACUAAUAUACACCAUCACAAAUAAUUGCUUGCUAUCCAUCAAGUUUGAAAACCAUUGUUUGCAAAUUCCAUUUGAGAAGUUUAGACAUAAUGUUCAUUUGCCCUUCUACACCACCUUAUUAUUGGUGGAUUUUAAGAUCAGCUAGAAAUAUGUAUUGUGUUUCAAGACAGGGUUCAAUUGGCUGACUAUUCAAUUAUGCACACUUUGUUUAACUUCUUUUUAUUUUAUCUCUUUUAGGACUUUUUGUAUACUGCUGGCUCCUUAUUUUCUUUAAAGGUGCCAGUGUCAGCCAACAAGCGCCGAAUAAGAAAGGUAAGCCAGUUCAUCCCAUAAUUUAUUUUGCAGAGUAUUUUAUUCUGUGAUUGGAACAAAGUAAGCGCGGUAUAGGGAAUCGUUUUGACAAGAUCGGCGACUGGACAUAAUUGGUAACAUUCUAAGAAUUUAUCCAUGUUUUAACACAUUCAUAAUUAUAAGGAUAUUGAUAUCAAUUAUGGACAUGAAUACCACGUGCAUGUCUAUCAUGAGAAGAUGCUCAUGGGGCAGUCAAGAAAAGAAAGGAAAUAGGAACAGUCAUAAUUGAAGAGAGGUAAAGAGUUACAUUGGCUGGAGAGCUUGUCUUAUUUUAGUGAUUUUUUUUUAGGGUUCCAAGACCAGAAAUACCAUGAAUACUUGUGGAAGUUUAUUCUGGACCACAGGACUGGCCCAGUAAAAUGAUCGAUCCUCAAUGUAUUAUGAGAUUAUGGUAUAGCAAGUAAAGUUUAGAUAGAGGGUAUAUUUAUCAAGAUACAGAUGUAUUGGGGCUACAUGUAGCUACAUGUGGUGUAUCAUCAUCAUGUUAAUUACACUGGUAAAUAAGAUUUAAUAGCUGAAUUAAGACUUGUGUAAUGGUUCGUUAUUUCAUAAGCAAGUGAGGCUUUUACAUGUACCUUUUUUUUAAAGCACAUGGGACGGAUGUCCUUUUGCUUUCUUUUGGAUUAUCCCGAUGUUGUCUCUUAUUCGGGCUUGAUUUUCCACAUGUAUUAUUAUAAAUGUGGUAGGUCUGAAUUGUCCCUUCUAUCUUGCAAGGUGGAGGCGUCAAGAUAAUCAUUUAGCAAAAUAAAUGAAUGGCCCCAAGUUAGGUUGUCUGUAUCAUGAUUAAUAGUACCUGUAUCAUAGUAAUUGCUAAUUUGUAAAUAAAUGUGAGGUAAUUAAAUGGUUCAAAAAUGCAUGGUUUAAAGUUAGAGUUUAAAAGUGCUCAAUUCAAAUCAUUUUGCACUAUUUUGAUUUACCCAACUCAACAUCAUUUACGGCAUUUUUUGGAAAUUCUUGUAAAUUUAAUGUCAAUAUCAUUUUCUGACUAUAGAUUUCUGUGAUUAUAACAAUGUCUGAGAUUAAUUCCUUUAGUGACAUGGUAUUAUACAGCGUGCAGAGAUAGCUCUUAGGUCAUAAUGUACUUUCUUGAAUUUUUUUUCUAAACCGAUUGCUGUCAGAUCUCCAAUGGUAUCAUGUACUUUAGGGACCAAAACACUAAAGGUGUAUACCAGUAGCAUCUCAACUUCUCCUUUCUAACUGAUCUGCUAAAGAUACCAUAAUGAUUCUACUCAGUUGAUCACGUGACGUGUGUAUUCAGCCGUUACUGACGCUACGUUUCCUUCCAAUAAACUUCCAAUCGAGAGGACUAUUCACGGAGGAUGUGUUGAGGUAAUCAGCCAUGCUUUAGACAGGAUAGCACAUUUAAUUGUCUUCUCAGAUAUUCAUGGCGAUUCAUGCCAAAUUUGUCGCGGGACAAAAACUUUACCUGCACUCUUUCCGGUCACCGUUCCAUUUGGCCUUGACAUUAUACUUCCUGUGUAGACUUUCUUUUUGCCCUUUUGAAAAUUUGAUGGUAGUGAUUAGUGAAGCAGAGUUAGAUGCGUAUAAAGAACAGUUUGAUUUCUGAUUAAUUAGAUGGAUUAGCGCGAUCAAUAGUGCUCAUGUUAGUGUUUGAUACACAACUUUCAGUUCAUUUGAAAUGAGACAUACAUGUAAAUGGGUAGGUCGUUGUGUUUUUCAUGUUCAGGUUAGCGAGGUUAUUUUACCCGAAAGAUAGACAUAUGAUAAGUAAACCUUUGUACAUAGAACAAGCGAAACUUGUGUUCUCAACUGAAUGAAAAAUGAAAUAAAAGAUUAAUCCCAUCAUAAUACCAAAUAAUAUAAUAUCAAAUACCCCUUUUUACCCCAUCGUGAAUAAUAUGACUUCAUGACUACCACUAACAUUGACCAACCUCCAAUUCCGUACCACCACCAUCAUCACAAUUGGGCCAUAUCAAACCUGGAAUCGUUCGUACCAUCGGCACCAUUACCAAACACCUAUAGAACCUUCAUACGACCGAACUACCGUGCCAGCUCUACAGUUCAAACUCGUGUUAUCAUGUUGAUAUUAUUUCAUAUCUUAUCACUUUAUUGGUAAAAAUCAAAUUAUAACAAGCAAUUUAUUACAAGUUUUAGAAAACGGUAUCCUUAUUCAUGUUGAGAUAUUUGUGAUUAUCAUCACGAUCCAGAUCGAUUUUGAUAUUCAUAACUAUCAGACUAUACCCUGUGACUGUCUGUUUCAUCUAAAUUUGUCUACCUUGAUCAUAUAAUGGUCGCCGUCAAGUAGGCCAUGGGUUGAAAGAAGCAGUUCGUGAUAAGACAUUUAUAUUGCACAAGCUGCAUGGGCAG